AUGGAGAGAGCGGACACACCAAGUACGUCGGCAAGUCGCGGGCCCGUCGCUAACCAGCCGACGUCCCCGCCGACGACGACGACGACGACGGCGGCUGCUGGCGGUGGCGACAAACCGCAGCUGUCGGUGCGAAGCAGGGCGUUCACUAUUGAAGCUCUGAUAGCGACAAAGGACGUGCGAAAGUCGGCCUCCGUCAAUCAUCUUACACCGCUAGAAAACUUUGUGAACGGAGCGGUGGCUUACAAACCUCCACCGGCGGUAGAGGUGACGAUUUCUGCGGUGGACACGCCCUCGCCUUCCGUACCCAGCCCCACCCACAAAGACACAGAUGCAGAGGAGAAACCUCGUAAACCAGCCAUCGCACAGGUUUCUCCCGUCAUUAAUGGCAGUAGGGAGUUAGAGGCGGUAACGUGCCAUCUAGAGACACGAGAACUGUGGAGCAAGUUCAACGACUUGGGCACGGAGAUGAUCAUCACAAAAUCUGGACGGCGAAUGUUCCCGACGCUCAGGGUAUCGUUUUCCGGUAUCGAGCCGCAGCAGCGCUACCUGGUGUUCAUCGACAUCGUGCCCGUGGAUAACAAGCGGUAUCGAUAUGCAUAUCAUCGAUCUUCGUGGUUAGUCGCUGGCAAGGCUGACCCGCCUCUGCCGACAAGGUACGCGCGAGUUUGAGCUAGAUUAGAAUGUCUGUCAGGAAACGUCUCACGUAGGAGCGAGAGAACGAGUUAAAGGCGUGUGUGACACAGAGAGAGAGAGAGAGAGAGAGAGCGGCAGAUUAUUCUGAACUCUAUGCACCGCUAUCAGCCACGCAUCCACCUUGUGCAGCUUCGUUGUGACCUCGACUGUCGACCUUCACUCGUCUCGCCUGCAGACCUGGACGCUGAGCUUCACAGAACUUACAUCUUUACAGAGACAGUGUUCACCGCCGUCACCGCCUACCAAAACCAGCUGAUCACCAAACUGAAGAUUGAUAGCAACCCAUUCGCAAAGGGAUUCAGGGAUUCAUCAAGACUCACCGAGUUUGAGAGCUCAGCUUGGAUGCGGACACUCGGAGAACGGUUCACGGAUUCGGAUUUGCCGUAUUACAGGGAGCACAUGGAGAGUCUCAUACAGGAGCACACGUACGCGCGCACGCCGCUACGCACUCUGUUCCCAGACGGGGAAGCCAUGGACAGUCUCGCCACCUAUCAACGAAAUAAAGGUGAAACGAUGGAUUCGCUCAUACUAGUGUGGUAUGACGGACAGACACGAGUGAUUCAGUUAUCCACAUCCGCUCCACUGUCGCAUCUGAAGGCAGAUGCACUCUAG